AUUAAACACACAUUACCGGAAGUUGAUCGUUCAUACAACGGGUGUUUUCCUUCAUCGAAACGUGGCAGCAAAGUGUGUGCUGUUGGCACUUCUCUCAAAUGUAUUCUCCAACUGUUCCUAUGGUGUGAUUGUUUCGUUGUUGUGAGUGACACGAGUUCCAUCGUACAAGCAUGAAGUGGCAUAUAGUAUUUGCAGCAUUUGCUGCUUUAGUCUUUACCAUACACGCAGAAGAAGAAGAAGAAGCUGCAAGAUUAUUGGUAUCUAAACAGCUACUUAACAAAUACCUUGUUGAGAAUAUGGACAUUGUAAUCAAAUACACGGUUCAUAAUGUUGGGAAUUCAGCUGCAUUAGAAGUAGAAAUCACAGAUAACUCUUUCCAUCCUGAUCAUUUUACUCAUGUGAGCGGGGAACUGAAUGCAAGGAUAGAUCGUGUUCCACCUUAUACAAACGUCAGCCAUAUUGUUGUUGUGAGGCCACGCAAAUACGGAUAUUUCAAUUUUACAUCUGCAGAAAUUUUGUACAAAGCUAAAGAGGAUGCACCUAGAUUACAAUUUGCUCUAAGCAGUGAACCUGGUGAAGCAAUUAUUGUAUCAUUCAGAGAUUACGAUAAACAAUUUUCUUCUCAUGUUAUCGAUUGGGCAGCAUUUGCUGUGAUGGCAUUACCUUCGUUGGCUAGUCCUUUCAUGUUAUGGUACUCUAGCAAAAGUAAAUACGAGAAGUUACUAAAAACAUCAAAAAAACAUUAAUCAUGCCAACUUGUUCUAAGUCAUCUGAAGGAGGUUGUUUUUCCACACAAUUGUAAAAGAAAAACCUGACUGUUCCAUCAUGUACAUCUAAUUUUAUAAUAAAUAUUAUUUAUAAAAGA